GGCGGUUUUUUUUUUUAAUCAAUGCCAUGUCAUUGUCCAAUCAUCGUCUUUUGUUAACGGGCCACAAAAAUGAAACGGAAAAAUGAUGUUUUCUAACGUCAUCCUUAACAGAAGGGGUGAUUUGCGGAUUUCAUGUAGUAGAAGGGCUGAUUUGCCAAUGUUUCUUGUACAGGGGCUGAAUUGCCACAACAUUGCAGUACUGGGGAGGAUUGGAAUAUAUCGUCGAGAGAUUGAGAAGGGAAUGCAACAGGGAAUAUCUUUUAGGGGUGGCUGAGUAUUAAUUGUCUUGAUCAUCUUAUCUCCUUCGCUUCCUUUUCACUCAUUGCAUAUAUAAUUGAGGCAGCGGGGAUUUGUAUGGCUACCUUGAUUGCAAGAGCGUUUGGUUCCAUAAUUUCUGCCAUUGCAUACUGUGUGUUCGGCUAUCAGCGACACCACCAUAAGGAGGAGAAGACACACAUCAAUUACUACAACAUGCCCAAGGGUCGGCCUCUUUCUUUGCAGGUUUGAUUUCUUCAUGCCAAAAAACUAUAUAUUAUUGAUUUGGUUCAGCUGGGUAGCCUUGUUUUUGCUAUAGCCACCAUCCUUCUCUAUUUUCCAAUUCGAAACUUACCAAGGUAUGCUUGUUUUCGCCAUAGCUUUCAACAGAUGUGGAACUCUCUCUGCCUCCUUUCUUUGCAAUUAGCUAGUGAUCAUAUAAAUCAUCUGCUAUUAUAUAUGCUUAAGCUUAGUUCAAUUUUUAUUGAAAAACAAAUUUGCCAACCCAAG